AUGAAUCGCAUCGUGAAACCUUCUGUCAGAUCAUCAAGGUCAAGGCCGGUGUCAUGUCAUUCGUGCCGGUCAAGGAAGCUGAAAUGUAGUCGGCAAUUCCCAUGCUCGAACUGUAUCAGCCGGGGCACUGCCUGUCAGCUAUACCCCACAGCAACAUCUCCAGGCAUUCAAAAUGAACAAGAAGAGCUACACGUGAGCCAAGGAUCAAAUGCAGAUGUUUUGGCCCGCUUGCGCCGGUUGGAAGAAAUCGUCAUUGGCAAUGGCAAAGCAUCUGAACCCUUGGAUCAAGCUACAACCCAGGCACCGUCGGUGCCAUCUCCUCCUACGCGUCAGUUCGAACACCCUUAUAUGAUGCACCAAGGACAAUCAUCUGCAGCAGCUGUCAACUGGUUGGAAGGCGAGAUCACUUCUCCAGGAUCCACGAGUUCACUUUUGAAGUUCGAGCUUGAAUUCAGAGUUUGUGAUGCUAGAGUGGCUUUGAGGUCCUCACAAGUCCCUCAUCCGGACUUUCCUCGAAGGAAAUGCAUAUGGCUUCCGCGCCACAACGAGGCCAAGAUAAUUACAGAGAAGUACAUAUCGGAGCUCACUCAUUUACACCACGUGGUUCAUGUUCCCUCACUGCGGGCUAUGAUUGACGAUCUCUAUCACGGGUUGAAAGAAAGUAAACCCAUAAAGAUUGGACAAGCUUCGUUGCUCAUGGCAGUCCUCGCUACAACCACCACGUUUUGGACUGAGCGCGAUAUGCACCAUGGAAUAUUCUGUUCAGUGCAAGAAGCAAACUCGCAGUCUACUCAGUGGAUGAAACUUGCUACAGAGGUGCUAGAGUACUCACGAUACAAGCACCUCGAGUCUUUAGAGGAUGUUCAGGCAAUGGUGAUCUUGAUAUUUGUAACGACUAACCUAGUGGGGAUUGCUUCCCAGGCUCGACACAUUGUUUCUUCGGCCAUAUCCGUGGCAAAAGAACUAUCGAUGCAUCGAGUCGAUCAUCCAAAUAAUACGGGCUUUGAUGUGCCACCACCAUCCUCUGCACGGGCGGAGAUCUAUAGACGGGUUUGGUGGUAUCUAGUGGCAACUGAUUGGCAAUUAUCCCAAUUGUCUGGACCCCAAAGAGGGACAUACUCCAUCAUGCCAUCUCACAUGAUGACCAACAAGCCUUUUAACAGGAAUGACGAGGAUGUUGUGGAUGGAAUGGUUGCUCAUGGCGAGCCAAUGGACCGUCCAACCUCCAUGUCCUAUUGCCUUCAGCGAAUUAGACUGGGCGAGUUCUGCCGCGAAAUCACGGACAAUGCCCCAUUUGGAAUGUCCGACCCUGGAACUCCAGACUACGCAGUCACAAAGCACAUUGAUGGCAAGAUCUGCGAAUUCGCAGACAGUCUGCCCCCGUUCUUCUCGUUGUCUUGCCGGUCGGAACAACUAAAGGUGGAUGAUUGGAAAUCCACGGGAAUUAUCACGCAGCGAUAUAUCCUCAAUUUCCUGCUACAUACCCAGAGAUGCCGACUUCAUUUACCCUACCUGUCGCAGGCAUCCAAAGAUCCUGCGUAUGCAUAUUCCCAAAAAGCAUGUUUGGAGGCGGCUCGAAUGGUUAUCCGAACAGAGCAGCAACUCUCCCAGGAAAUGAUACCGUUUGUCAGCGCGCGCUUAAAGUUUUCCGGUAUGCUCCAUUGUGUAUGUGUCGCCAUCAUUGUCCUGCUCAUAGACUUUUGUGGCCGCAACAACCACCAACAAGAGAAGGAAGGGAGCCGAGCGGAGAUAUUCGAGGCAUUCAAGAUUUUGGAAGAAGCCAAGGAACAGUCGCCCUUUGCUGGUCGGCUACUGGAAUCGUUCAAAACGGUUCUUCACCGACAUAGUGCGUCAGCAGUACCUGCUGCAGGGGAUCAAUUGACGCACCCCGACCAGGUCAGCCGUAUUUCGACGACAGCCGAUCGCAUUUGCACCUCUACAGCAUCUAGCGCUCCACAUUCAAGCGAACAUGAUGAUACUUCCUUGAUGGAUCCGACUCUGCCUGCACUGGACGACCUGUGGCAGGUUUUCGAUGAGAGUGUGGACUCGCUCGCUGUGGAUUGGACCAGCUUCUUUGCUGAAUUAGACUCUCCCUUUCUCUCCGUGUGCUAA